AAUCCUGUAUGAAUGUGGAAGCCAUUAGCAGAGUAAUUGCUGUCUGUUACCAUGACAACCAGCCGCUGCAGUCACCUGCCCGAAGUCUUACCAGACUGCACCAGCUCGGCUGCUCCCAUGGUAAAGACCGUGGAGGACUGUAGCAGCCUUGUGAAUGGACAGCCGCAGUAUGUCAUGCAAGUUUCGGCCAAGGACGGGCAGCUGCUGUCAACGGUAGUACGGACGCUUGCUACACAGAGUCCUUUCAAUGACAGACCAAUGUGUAGGAUUUGCCACGAAGGUAGCAGUCAAGAGGACUUGCUCUCGCCCUGCGAAUGUACAGGGACCCUGGGAACUAUUCAUCGCAGUUGCCUGGAGCACUGGCUGUCGUCUUCGAAUACCACUUACUGUGAACUCUGCCACUUCAGGUUUUCAGUAGAGCGCAAACCCCGGCCGUUGGUUGAGUGGCUAAGAAACCCGGGCCCACAGCACGAGAAACGGACACUGUUUGGGGACAUGGUGUGCUUCUUGUUUAUAACUCCACUGGCUACCAUCUCUGGCUGGUUGUGUCUGCGAGGAGCAGUCGACCACCUGCACUUUAGUAGUAGGCUAGAAGCUGUUGGCCUCAUUGCACUCACUGUCGCACUCUUCACAAUUUACCUCUUUUGGACAUUAGUAUCAUUUAGGUAUCACUGUAGAUUGUAUAAUGAAUGGCGUCGGACCAAUCAAAGAGUUAUACUUCUCAUCCCAAAGUCUGCCGGCAUCCCUUCAAACCAGCAGUCCUUGCUGGGCCUGCAUUCGGUCAAAAGGAACUCAAAAGAGACAAUCGUCUAAUUGUGCUACUCCAUGCCGGGGCCAUGAACUACAUGGGGGGGG